UCCAGAAUUGUAUGAAAAUGUAUUUUCCUCGCUCUCCCUAGAGUGGGCUGGGCCGGAAGCGGAAGUGCUGGCCAGUGUCUCUGAGUUCCAGUCUGGCCAUGGAGGAGUCCCGGUUCAGGGAACCGGUGCUGGACGCCAAAUCCGAGGUCACUUGCCAGCUUGUAGAUUUUCAGUGGAAACUGGGCAUGGCUGUGAGCUCUGACCGCUGCAGAUCCCUCAAGUACCCAUAUGUGGCAGUGAAGCUCAAAGUGGCCGAGCCUUCUGGCCAAGUAAACACCAAGUCCAUCGAAAUGACAAUCCCACAGUUUCAGAAUUUCUACAGACAGUUCAAGGAAAUUGCCGCUGUAAUUGAAACUGUGUGAGAAUUGAUUCUGAAGUAAUGGACUCACCUUCCAGAAGAGAACUGCAUACGGAUGAAAGAUAUUUAUGCAAUGAAAAGUGCACUUCUGGGGCUGAAUAGGUGGCUCAGAGGUUAAGAGCACUGGUUGUUCUUCCAGAGGACUCAAGUUCGAUUCUCAGUAACCAUUUGACAGCUCACAACUGCCUGUAACAUCAGGACCAGGGAAUCCUACACCCUCCCACAGACGUCUGUGCAGGCAAAGACCAAUGGGUAGAAAAUUAAACUUUAAAGAAUUUCACUUCCCAAUUUAAAAAAAAAAAAAAUCUGAUAAACUCAAAUUUUUUUAGUGGUCA